GAACUAGGAAGUGCGUCGUUGGAUUUGAAACAUUGAAAACACUUAAAUCUUGUACAUUGAUCCAGCAUCGCCCCAUUUCCCAACAUUCCUUUGCUGGUGCAAUGCAUAAAAGCCGCUAGUUUUACUAAAUCACAGCAAUUGCAGUUAUUCCAUCGGAGCCCACAGCGUGAAGCUACGCAGUGCAAGAUCUAACCACCAACAAUAUGAAGACCUUUUACGUUUUGUUUGUUAUCUCCGUGGCAAUCUACACCGUUUUAGCUGUUCCUUUGCCUCAACGACAAGGAAACGAUCCCUUUGGCAGUUCUUCUAGAGACAUUGACGACAUGUUUGCAGCUAAUCCCGCCUAUCAGCGGGCCCAACAUCAGCGGGAACAAAAUCAGCGGGAACAACAUCAGCGGGAACACCAUCAGCGGGAAAGAGCUAAAGGUGCUGAUAGAACAGCAGAUUCAUCCAGACGUGGCCAACCAGGCCAACAGAGUACGACUGUUCGCAAGACGGGGCCAGGGUGGGAACAUACCUCAACCUCGUCGUCUAAUAGCAGGUCGGGGCCAGGGUGGCAACGAACCUCAAGCUCGACCUCAGACAAAAGAUCUUCUUCUUCGUCAUCCUCAAGCAAUUCUAAUUCUUCGCCCAAAAAAAAUAACCAACAACGACAGAGACGGCCAACUAACCGGCCAGCGAACCGAACAACAAAGCAACCUAAAAAUCGAAACAACAGAAAUGGAAAUGGAAACUAAAUUUUAAUCGGUGCAUUUUAUUUUAAAUCCGAAACAGUUACACUGUAUGGGGACAGCCCCCGAAUAAAUUUAACUUUGGUUUUCAAA